GUUCAACCAAUAGAAAAAGAGAAAGUUGCUACUCUGGCGUGAAUAAACCAAUGGGAUAUUCGUGGGUGCGCUUAUUACUGUCUGUUUCGGUGUUGUUUCGCCCGCGUGCGUAUACUGAUUACGGUUUGAGAGAAGACGGAUAAAUCUUCCGAUAAACGCAGCAGCUCCCAAAAUGGACUCCUCCCUGACUGCCGUUCAGAUCCGCGAAAAGUUCUUCGACUUCUUCCGGCGCUACGAGCAUCAGUACGUCCACUCGUCCGCCACCGUGCCGCUGGACGACCCCACCCUGCUCUUCGCCAAUGCCGGCAUGAACCAGUUUAAGCCCAUCUUCCUGAACACCAUCGACCCCUCCCACCCGAUGGCUCGCCUUCGCCGCGCGGUAAACUCGCAGAAGUGCAUCCGCGCCGGCGGCAAGCACAACGACCUGGACGACGUGGGCAAGGACGUCUACCACCACACCUUCUUCGAGAUGCUGGGGUCCUGGUCCUUCGGGGACUACUUUAAGCCACUGGCCUGUGAAAUAGCCCUGGAGCUCCUCACUAAAGAGUUUGGGAUCCCCAUCGAGCGCCUGUACGUCACCUACUUUGGGGGGUGCGAGGAGGCCGGCCUGGAGCCAGACCUGGAGUGCAAAAAGAUCUGGCUGGAUGUGGGGAUGGAGGAGUCUCGCAUCCUCCCCGGCAGCAUGAAGGACAACUUCUGGGAGAUGGGGGACACGGGCCCCUGCGGCCCCUGCAGCGAGAUCCACUUCGACCGCAUCGGGGGCCGAGACGCCGCGCACCUGGUCAACAUGGACGACCCCAACGUGCUGGAGGUCUGGAACCUGGUGUUCAUCCAGUACAACAGGGAGUCUGAGACCGUGCUGAAGCCCCUCCCUAAGAAGAGCAUUGAUACCGGCAUGGGACUGGAGCGCCUGGUCUCCGUCCUGCAGAACAAGAUGUCCAACUACGACACCGACCUCUUCAUCCCAUACUUCGAGGCCAUCCAGAAGGGUACGGGUGCCAGGCCGUACACGGGGAAGGUUGGUGCUGAGGACACUGAAGGCAUUGACAUGGCGUACCGUGUGCUGGCAGACCACGCCCGCACCAUCACCAUCGCCCUCUCCGACGGGGGACGACCCGACAACACAGGCAGAGGGUACGUGCUGAGGAGGAUCCUGCGUCGUGCGGUCAGGUACGCCCAUGAGAAGCUGGGAGCUAAGAAGGGGUUCUUCGCCACGCUGGUGGAUGUGGUGGUGGAGUCCCUGGGAGACGCUUUCCCUGAGCUCAGGAAGGACCCUGACAUGGUCAAAGACGUCAUCAACGAGGAAGAGGAGCAGUUCCUCAAGACGCUCACCAGAGGGCGCCGUAUCCUGGACAGGAAGAUCCAGAGCCUGGCAGACAGCAAGACCAUCCCAGGGGACACGGCCUGGCUGCUGUACGACACGUACGGCUUCCCCCUGGACCUGACCGCUCUCAUCGCCGAGGAGAGGGGUUUGGGAGUGGACAUGGAGGGCUUCGAGGAGGAGAAGAAGGCGGCCCAGCUGCGGUCCCAGGGGAAGGGCUCCGGGGAGGAGGACCACAUCAUGCUGGACAUCUACUCCAUCGAGGAGCUGCGCAACAAGGGCAUGCCGGCGACCGACGACCUGCCCAAGUACCGCUACGCCGCCGAGAACAACGGCGCCUACGUGUUCGAGCCGGCCGUGGGCACGGUCCUGGCUCUGAGGAGAGAGCGCGCGUUCGUGGACGAGGUGACCACGGGCCAGGAGUGCGGGGUGCUGCUGGACCAGACCUCCUUCUACGCCGAGCAGGGCGGGCAGACCUACGACGAGGGCUACAUGCUCAGAGAGGACGACUCCGCAGAGGACAAGAUGGAGUUCACGGUGAAGAACACGCAGGUGCGGGGCGGGUACGUGCUCCACGUGGGGACGGUGUACGGGACGCUGAAGGUCGGGGACCGGGUCACCCUGCACGUUGACGAGGCUCGCCGCCGGCCCAUCAUGAGUAACCACACAGCCACUCACAUCCUGAACUUCGCCCUGCGGGGGGUCCUGGGCGAGGCCGACCAGCGGGGGUCCCUGGUGGCCCCCGACCGCCUCCGCUUCGACUUCACCGCCAAGGGCGCGCUCAGCACGGGGGAGGUGCGCCGCACCGAGGAGAUCGCCUGCGCCAUGAUCCGCGACGCAAAGCCGGUGUAUGCGAUGGACGUUCCUCUGGCCGCCGCCAAGGCGAUCCAGGGCCUGCGCGCGGUGUUUGACGAGACGUACCCGGACCCGGUGCGCGUGGUGUCCAUCGGGAUCCCCGUCCCCGAGCUGCUGGCCGACCCCGGCAGCCCCGCCGGCUCGCUCACCUCCAUCGAGUUCUGCGGGGGCACCCACCUGCAGAACUCCGCCCACGCUGCUCCUUUCGUCAUCGUGUCCGAGGAGGCCAUCGCCAAGGGCAUCCGGCGCAUCGUCGCAGUGACGGGGGCGGAGGCCCAGAAGGCCCAGAGAAAAGCAGACGCUCUCAGGCAGUCCCUCUCUGCUCUGGGGGAGCAGGUGAAGGCACAGACCGCCCCCAACAAGGACGUGCAGAAGGAGAUUGCAGACUUGACUGAGACCCUGGGCAUGGCCGUGAUCUCUCAGUGGCAGAAGGACGAGAUGAGGGAAUCCCUGAAGGGGCUGAAGAAGACCAUGGACGACCUGGACCGCGCCAGCAAGGCCGACGUGCAGAAGCGGGUAUUAGAGAAGACAAAGCAAAUGAUCGACAGCAACCCCAACCAGCCCCUGGCCGUCAUGGAGAUGGAGAACGGAGCCUCUGCGAAGGCUCUGAAUGAGUCUCUGAAGCUGCUGAAGUCUCAAUCCCCCAAGACUGCCGCCAUGCUCUUCACUGUAGACAGCGAGGCGGGCAAGAUCGUCUGCCUGUGCCAGGUGCCCCAGGAAGUGGCAAAUAAGGGCCUGAAGGCCAGCGAGUGGGUGCAGGAACUCUGCCCCCUGCUGGACGGAAAGGGAGGAGGCAAGGACAUGUCCGCCCAGGCCACUGGCAGGAACACGCACUGCAUACAGGAAGCGCUGCAGCUGGCCAACGAGUUCGCUCGCCUCAAACUGGACAACAUGGAGAACUAACAGUCGGGGGAAGAAGGGGGUGGGGUUCAUUUGGGCAGGGUGGUGGGGGGGUUGAGGUGAAGGGAAAAGGACUGAGAGUCCUCCAAUGCAUACCCUGGGGUGUCCCGGCUCCACAGCCACUCAGACAUUCCAGACAGCGAGUUGUACAAGCAGAUUUACUCAUCUUGUGCUAGGGAAUGAAGGCAGACAGCGCCUCCUCUCUGUGUGGAGGGGGACUGCAGUGCAUGUGUAGAUAACCUGCUUUGUUUUUUCCUCUAUCAUUUGUCUCAUCCAUCAAGCUCUUCCGCACAUGUUGUCUCGCCCACAUUGUGGGGUGGAUGUAUUCUAGUCUUAACUGAUGUAAUUGUUGGUAUGUGGGUGGUGGGGGGAAAAAAAAGGAGUGUUGUGUCUGGAGAAGACCAGCCCACUAACGAAUAGCCGUCCUCUGGCUCUCCCUCCCACUUUUCUACACUCCUUAUCCUUGUGAUGUCACUUCCUGCAGGAUGACUGAGAAAAAUCUACCCCCGCCUCCCAAUUCAAAACUGACAUUACUUGCACUAUAAGAACAGGAAACAUCCAGCCCUGCUGUGUAGGCGAACUGAAGAAUCGGCCGAGCCCGAAGCACACAGCGGUCAACCGCGGUCCUACCGCUGCUGUCUGCCCGUUUAAUAAACGGUCGACCGCGGGGAGCUGUGCUAGUCCGUUCAUUAGCCUGGGCGCGGGGAAACGAGCCGUCUCAUUUUCACGCGUCGUGUCAAACGGGGAAAGAAGCGGUAAUAAAUCACGCGGCGGAUGGCUGUCCCGCGCGGAGCCGGUGGAGAUUUAUUAUAACACGCUGAUUACAGUCUGAUGUUGUGACCUGUUGCUGUCGGCCCGUGUCUGCAUCCCUCAAUAAAGACUAGUCACACGCA